AUGAAGCUUCGAAUCCAAGUUCCUCCAGAAGUUCUGCAAAUUUUCAAUCGAAUUAGAGAAGAAAAAAGAUAUAUCCUGGAAGAGAUGUGCCUCCAUAUGGCAAUGGGAAUUCGCGAAUUAGGAUUCGUCUACAGCACUAGCACUAUGGCAGACAAUAAGCCAUAUCCUGGCAAUGCGGCUCUCAUUACCUAUCUCGAUAAUAAUGAUCCGUCUAACUGGUCUUUUUCUGACUUCCUUUCCUCAAAUUUCAAUACGAUCGUAAAUUCACCACCUGAUGCAAGUGAUAUUAAUACUCUCAACGGUACUUGGUGGAAACGUUUCACUUUUGAAGUAGAGGCAAAAGGCCACAAGGCUGUUAAGGGUCAUCUUUUGGGCAUCCAAAAAAUUUUCUACAAUGUAAUUUCUACUCGAUUGGAGAUCACGCGACAACAAAACAUUACAAUUUCAAAGUCAAAGGUUAAUAUUAUUGCGGACAAGCAAGGCAUUAAUCUUGUGAGAGCAUCAUGUGAAUUUCAUGGAUCUGAAAUGAUUGCAGAGUAUUCACUUAAUCGAUCAAAUCCAAAACGAGACUUAAAUGGCGACGAUAUUGAGAGCUAUCUAUUUUCAAAAAAAAGACGAAGUACGGAUGAUUAUACAUCAACUCCGCCAAACAGGAUUAGAAAUUCUAGUCCUCAACCAUAUAAUGAAGAAUCAUCUUCGUCUAACUCUGAAAUUAGAAAUUCUAGUCCUCAACCAUAUAAUGAAGAAUCGUCUUCGUCUGACUCUGAAAUUGCACCAGUUUCAUUGACAAAUGUAUUUUCUGAAGUACAAAAGCAAGAAUCUAAUAAUCUCACCGAAUCUAAUAUAAAAGCAACCGAUAGCAAAGGGAAAAAAUCGACUAGAGGUUAUAUCAACAAUGAUAUAGCUAAAGAGGUUUUAAUGACAUACGGAAUGUGCGUUUUACUAGGGAAAAAAUUAAUAUAUAGGGGGGUAGAUAUAUUGGGGUCUGCUCAUACUAAUAUGGGAAAAAGUGGAGCUACAAAAAGCCCUCUAUGUAUAGGAGUGAUCAAUGUUCAUAACUCGGAUUGCACAAAGUUUUUGUCCGAUGAAUUUAAAAAUUUCAUUUCAAGUCAACUUCAGGAUCCUGAAUGUCAAGCCAUUUACUUUGAUAAAGAACAACAUAUACCUAAGUUUGUGGUUGACUGCGAAGUGGAAGUAAUACAAUUCUUAAAGAAGUUUUCUGAUGUAGGUGAUCUGGAAUCUUUAGCUAAAUGCUUAAAUGAAAAUCAAAUCGAUAUGGGCAAUGCGUCUAAUGAUCUCAUAUAUGCACGAACGCUGUUGGAUCAUUUUUUCUUUAUGUACAAAAAUGAUAUUUUAUUACAACCAAUGUCUGAAUGCGAACUUAACACUUAUAUUUGGACACCGUUAAUUAGAAAGGCAUUUUUUGGAAGAGCUGAUAUGAAAUUAAGUUGCGGAGAGUUAGCUUCCAAUUCUUAUGAAAAAUUAAAAGAACUUUUAAAUAUUGGCGGUCGAAGUGCCCCUAGAUUGGAUGGGAAGGGUCUUCUAAAGGCAUUAGGAACAGAAUUACUUGUACAAGAAGACGGAGUAUUGAGUACACGUGGUAAAAGAAAAGGAGACUUGAAUAAAUUAGAAUAUUGUUUAAAAAUAAUUUUAACAACGCUUUAUAUCGCAUUACCGACAUCAGCAAAAGAUUACAUUACACAGAUUGAAGCAUAUAGUCUUCAAUCGAACGGAUUUCGUCUUACGGUAUCUGUAUCCAAAUACUUGUUUGAGAACGCUAUUAUUACUAUGGAUCUACAGGAUGUAGAAAUUCCCAAGACUGUAGAAGGUUUCCCGAAGUUGAUAAAAGCUAUUAAGGUGAUUCUAUCGUGGAAAUCACGCACUAGAAAAAAUACUCAGCGAUUUUAUGAAGUACUAAAAUUAGGCAAUGAAAACGGAACACAAUUUUCUCCUAAAAAGAUAUCCGCAUAA